AUGCAUCUAUUUCUUGGUUGGCGUCCAAUGCAAGAUCGUAUUGGUUAUUUAGGCCAUACGAUUGAACGUUGCUUAUGGGGUGAUGGUCGUGCUCGUCAUACAUUUUUAUUAGCAUCAACGAAUGAACAUCCUUUGGUUUUAAUUGAGAUCGAUGUUGGUGAUAGUAAAAAGGGUAUCAAGAAAAGUAUGAAAUUAAAUAUUGUUGAAUUAAAUGAAAUACCGAAAAAAAUUGCAAGAAUUGAAUAUCUGGGUCACAUUAAAUCUUCACAAGCAUAUGAAAAUCUCAUUCAAUCUGCAAAUAGUUUUGUAAAUAAUCAUCCGAAUUAUCAUGUUGUAUGCAAUAAUUGUCGAACCUUUGUGGAAUAUCUUAUUGAUGAAAUACCUGAAUGUCAUAAUUCAAUACCACGUGAAAAUGGUUCUAUACUUGAGUAUUAUCAUGUCAAAGAAAAACACGAUCACCCAGGAGUUUUAGUUAAAAGUCAAAAGCUCAUGAAAUUUCUUCGUGAUCUUCACCGACACAAUAAAGAACAUAAGUCUACUGCAAAAUUGCUAUUUGACUUACAAUCAUCUGCCUUGGACAUUAAUAAUAAUAAUAAUAAUAAUAAUAGUAAAGAACCUGUUGAAGAUCUGUUGUAA